AUGUUGAAGAAGAUCCUAGCUAAUCAGACGCAGUUUGCUGCAGAACUAAAAAAUUUGCAAGUGGCUACUAGAAGUUUAGAGUUUCAAGUGGGGCAAAAUCAGAAAACAUUGAAUACUAGGCCACAAGGUGGGUUGCUAGCUGACAUAGAAACUCCAAAGCAGGUUAUGGCAAUCACAUUAAGAAGUGGUAAGGAACUUGAAGGAAAACCUCCCAAGGCAAUAAAGAAGGCAGAUGCUCAUGUGGUGACUCAAAAUGUAGAUAACAAAGUUGCUGAAAAUUCAAGGAAGUCUGAGUACUUGAAUGAAAAAGUUGCUGAACCGGAAGUGAAGCAGAUGCCGCCACUACCUUUCUCUCAAAGGCACAUAAAAGCGAAAGAGGAUACCCUGUUCAAAAAGUUCAUUGAUACAUUUAAAGAGCUUCAUAUUAAAUUACCUUUGCUAGAUAUUUUGCAUAGUACGCCCAAGUAUGCAAAGUACUUGAGGGAUAUGGUUGCGAAGAAGGUGAAAUUGCAGGAUAUGGGAGCAAUAACACUUACUGAAGAGUUUAGUGCAGUGAUGAAAUAG